UACAGAACUCAGGGGGAGAAAGAGAACGAGAAGAAGCAGAAGGUGGAGGAGACGGUGGUUCUGAUGUUUCGCGUUCUACUUUGGGGAACACUAAUAUCUUCCAUCUCCGUACGCCAUCUUUGACUCAGUCAUCGCCACCCGCCACCACCUUUUACGAGGAGGAGGGGGACGACCGCGUCUUUCUCUUUCUCUCUUGGUUGUUCGUUAUGGUCGGAAGUGGGAGUUUGAGAAAGUAGCAGGUUAUAAUUCGAAGAGAAAGAGAACAAACCAGUUGGGAAAUUUGGGCUUUGAAUUGGGUGGAUCUUGAUUUUAGUGUGGGAAAGGGGUGUUCGGAGAGAGGUUUUGGUUUCUUUGAGUUGGAGUUGCGAGCUGGUGCGAUCAAAAGAUGAUGAUAUCUAGGGGGCUGUUCGGAUGGUCCCCACCGCAUAUACAGCCGCUAACGCCGGUGUCGGAGGUAUCUGAGCCGCCAGAGUCGCCGUCGCCUUACUUAGACCCCGGAGCCGAGACCUCCGCCUCCCACCCGGUUGAAGUGGAGGAGGAGAUCGAAGAGCCCGAGGAGGUUGAGCCACCGCCUUCUGCGGUGCCCUUCUCCAGGCUCUUCGCUUGCGCCGACCGGCUCGAUUGGAUUCUGAUGGUCGUCGGCUCCCUGGCAGCAGCUGCUCAUGGUACGGCCCUCGUAGUUUACUUACACUACUUUGCGAAGAUCAUUAAUGUCUUGAGGAUGGAUCCUUCGCAAGGUCCGUCGGAGGAGCAAUUCAACAAGUUCAAGGAGCUUGCUUUAACCAUCGUUUAUAUUGCGGCGGGUGUUUUUGCUGCUGGUUGGAUAGAGGUUUCAUGUUGGAUUUUGACCGGAGAACGGCAGACUGCAGUUAUCAGAUCAAAAUAUGUUCAAGUAUUGCUUAACCAGGAUAUGAGUUUUUUUGAUACAUAUGGGAAUAAUGGAGAUAUUGUGAGCCAAGUGUUAAGUGAUGUUCUGCUCAUUCAGUCUGCACUUAGUGAGAAAGUCGGAAAUUAUAUUCACAAUAUGGCUACGUUCUUCAGUGGACUUGUCAUUGGAUUUAUCAACUGUUGGCAGAUUGCAUUGAUAACAUUAGCCACAGGUCCAUUUAUUGUUGCUGCUGGAGGGAUAUCAAAUAUAUUCCUCCAUAGGCUGGCAGAGAAUAUUCAAGAUGCAUAUGCUGAAGCUGCUAGCAUUGCUGAACAGGCGGUUUCUUAUAUCAGGACGUUGUAUGCAUUUACAAAUGAAACAUUGGCUAAGUAUUCAUAUGCGACAUCACUUCAAGCUACUCUUAGAUAUGGUAUCUUAAUAAGUCUUGUUCAAGGGCUUGGUCUUGGAUUUACUUAUGGGCUUGCAAUAUGCUCGUGUGCAUUACAACUCUGGGUAGGAAGGUUCUUGGUCAUGCAUGACAAAGCUCAUGGUGGUGAAAUCAUCACGGCUCUCUUUGCUGUAAUUUUAAGCGGCCUGGGUUUGAAUCAGGCAGCAACAAACUUCUACUCAUUUGAUCAAGGACGUAUAGCUGCUUAUAGGUUGUAUGAGAUGAUAAGCAGGUCAUCCUCAUCUGUUAAUCAUGAUGGAACUGCCCCAGAUUCUGUGCAAGGGAAUAUUGAGUUUAGGAAUGUUUAUUUUAGCUAUCUAUCUCGUCCGGAAAUCCCUAUAUUAAGUGGCUUUUAUCUAACUGUUCCUGCUAAGAAAGCCGUGGCACUUGUUGGCAGAAAUGGAUCUGGAAAAAGCAGUAUAAUUCCACUCAUGGAGCGGUUCUAUGAUCCCACAUUAGGGGAGGUUCUUUUAGAUGGUGAGAACAUUAAGAAUCUGAAACUGGAAUGGCUAAGGAGCCAAAUAGGACUGGUCACACAGGAGCCUGCUUUGCUCAGCUUGAGUAUAAGAGACAACAUUGCUUAUGGUCGGGAUGCCACUAUGGAUCAAAUUGAAGAGGCUGCCAAGACAGCCCAUGCACAUACUUUCAUCAGCUCAUUAUUGAAAGGUUAUGACACACAGGUUGGAAGGGCUGGCUUAGCCUUGACAGAAGAACAGAAGAUAAAGCUUUCUAUUGCCAGAGCUGUGCUUUUAAAUCCAUCCAUUCUUCUGCUUGAUGAGGUAACUGGUGGACUUGACUUUGAGGCUGAAAGGGCUGUUCAGGAGGCUUUGGAUCUUCUAAUGUUGGGGCGUUCAACAAUAAUAAUCGCUCGAAGACUUAGUCUUAUAAGGAAUGCUGAUUACAUAGCUGUUAUGGAGGAAGGUCAACUCGUUGAAAUGGGUACUCAUGAUGAGUUAUUGACCUUGGAUGGCUUAUAUGCUGAGCUCCUUCGAUGUGAAGAGGCAGCAAAACUUCCCAAGAGGAUGCCUGCUCGAAACUACAAAGAGACUGCAGCUUUCCAUAUUGAGAAGGAUUCACCGUCAAGUCACAGCUUUAAAGAACCAUCAUCCCCAAAAAUGAUGAAGUCACCUUCGCUUCAGAGAGCUUCUAAUGUAUUUCGGUCUUCAGAUGGCAUCUAUAACUCACAGGAAUCACCAAAUGCUCGGAGCCCACCAGCAGAAAAGAUGCUAGAAAAUGGUCAGUCUAUGGAUGCGGUAGACAAGGAGCCUUCAAUUAGAAGGCAGGACAGUUUCGAAAUGAGGCUGCCGGAGUUGCCCAAAAUUGAUGUUCAGUCCGUGCAUCGACAAAAAUCUAAUGGUUCUGACCCAGAAUCCCCUGUUUCACCUCUUUUAACAUCUGACCCCAAGAAUGAACGUUCCCAUUCCCAGACUUUUAGUAGACCCCAUAGUGAUUCUGAUGAUGUUUCAUUGAAACUGAGAGAUGCAAAAGAUUCAAAGCAUCGAAAACCUCCAUCAUUUUGGAGACUUGCUAAACUUAGUUUUGCAGAGUGGCUUUAUGCUGUAUUAGGAAGCAUAGGUGCUGCCAUCUUUGGUUCUUUCAAUCCUCUUCUUGCAUAUGUUAUUGGCCUGGUGGUGACAGCUUACUAUAGAAUUGAUCAAGUUCAUCACCUCCAGAAGGAGGUAGAUAAGUGGUGCUUGAUUAUUGCCUGCAUGGGCAUUGUGACAGUUGUUGCCAACUUCUUACAACAUUUCUACUUUGGUAUUAUGGGGGAGAAAAUGACAGAAAGAGUUAGGAGAAUGAUGUUCUCAGCCAUGCUACGUAAUGAAGUUGGUUGGUUUGAUGAAGAGGAAAACAGUGCCGACAAUUUAUCCAUGCGUUUGGCCAAUGAUGCUACAUUUGUACGAGCUGCUUUUAGCAACCGUCUUUCCAUAUUUAUACAGGACAGUGCUGCAGUUGUUGUUGCUGUACUUAUUGGCGCAUUGCUGCACUGGCGAUUAGCACUUGUGGCAUUAGCAACACUUCCCAUUCUCUGUGUUUCUGCAAUUGCCCAGAAAUUGUGGCUUGCUGGAUUUUCAAGGGGUAUACAAGAAAUGCACAGAAAGGCCUCUUUGGUUCUUGAAGAUGCAGUUAGAAAUAUAUACACUGUUGUAGCAUUUUGUGCUGGCAAUAAGGUAAUGGAGCUCUAUAGGCUACAGCUGAAGAAAAUAUUUAAGCAGAGCUUUUUGCAUGGGGUGGCCAUUGGUUUUGCAUUUGGCUUUUCACAGUUUCUACUUUUUGCCUGUAAUGCCCUUUUGCUUUGGUACACUGCCAUAUGCAUAAAUAACAGUUAUAUGGAUCCACCUACUGCGCUUAAGGAAUAUAUGGUUUUCUCAUUUGCAACAUUUGCGCUUGUGGAGCCUUUUGGGUUGGCUCCUUACAUACUUAAACGGCGUAAGUCUCUCAUUUCAGUGUUUGAAAUUAUAGAUCGUGUACCUAAAAUUGACCCUGAUGAUAACUCAGCAUUGAAGCCACCCAAUGUAUAUGGAAGCAUUGAGUUGAAAAAUGUUGAUUUUUGUUAUCCUUCUCGUCCUGAAGUUUUAGUAUUGAGUAAUUUCAGUCUCAAAGUCAAUGGGGGCCAAACAGUUGCAAUUGUUGGAGUUUCAGGGUCGGGAAAGAGCACUAUAAUAUCUUUGAUUGAGAGAUUUUAUGAUCCAGUGGCUGGUCAAGUUUUACUAGAUGGGAGGGAUUUAAAGCUGUAUAAUAUGAGAUGGUUAAGGAGCCACCUUGGUUUAGUACAGCAGGAACCUAUUAUUUUUUCAACUACCAUAAGGGAAAAUAUCAUAUAUGCAAGGCAUAAUGCCAGUGAAGCUGAGAUGAAAGAGGCCGCAAGAAUAGCAAAUGCUCAUCAUUUCAUAAGCAGCUUGCCCCAUGGUUAUGAUACUCAUGUUGGAAUGAGAGGUGUUGACUUGACGCCUGGACAGAAACAGAGAAUUGCGAUAGCAAGAGUAGUGCUAAAGAAUGCACCCAUUUUGUUGUUGGAUGAAGCCAGUUCAUCAAUUGAAUCGGAGUCAAGCCGAGUGGUGCAAGAAGCUCUAGACACUCUUAUAAUGGGAAACAAGACCACCAUUCUAAUAGCACAUAGAGCUGCAAUGAUGAGGCACGUUGAUAACAUUGUAGUGCUCAAUGGAGGACGGAUAGUAGAGGAAGGAACCCAUGAUUCAUUGGUGGCAAAAAAUGGCCUGUAUGUCCGAUUGAUGCAACCUCACUUUGGAAAGGCACUGCGUCAGCAUCGACUUGUUUAGGGAGUAUUUGAGUAUGGUCAAAAGAACAGUUUCUUGAUAUUUUUGAGUUUGAAUGACUGAAUGUGAUUCAGUGGAUAUCUUGUAGAAGGUCAGGUGGGGAGCUUGUGAGCGGCAAAAAAUUUGGGACAUCUGGAGCUGCUGUGGGCGUUUGGCAAGCUAGGGAAGAAAUAUUAGCAAUGAUAGACUUGUAUAAUUUGAAGAUAGGAUUUUGGAGUCUAGUUUGGCCUUGAGGAUUUGGGUUGGAUGCAUAUUCUUUUGGAGGCAAGCAAUUUAGACUGGGCAGUCUUUGUCUCCUUGGUAUAUUAUUUUGUUCUUCAAGAAGGCAGGGUGGAAUCAGUACUAAUCCCUACUGAAAUGUGAGUUUUGGUUUCCUUCGUUGAACUUCUGUUUCACUCCUGACUAGCGUGGAUGUUGAACUUAUUAUUUGUUACUGUAAUUUUUAUAUUUCCAUUUGUGAAAUUUGUAGGAAAAUUUAGUGGGAAGAGUUGUAACAUUUGUAUAUAAAUAGUGAUAUCUUAGAAGCCGAGGUAUUCCUUUUUCUGCAUAAAUCCAAGUGUCUUUUUUCCGAGUCAAACAUAGGUUUCAAUUAUUUUGAUUCUCUUUCAAUCUUUUUGAUUUGUAAUGACUCAACUGUAUGAAUGAUAACACGUGUUGCAUCCUGCAUAAGUAGUGGGACCCUU